AUGAGGGACUUUCACAUAAUUUUCGUUCCUUCGGCGACAACCGUGGCUUCGUAUGUUGUGCCGAGUCAACCGCGUUCGGACGAUCGUAGUCGGGGGCGCGACGGAGCGCGCAAAAUCGCCGGCGACGAUGAUGAAGGCGACCUCGGAGCUGCUGUAAACAAGCGAGCGUCCGCAAAAAUGGCAGCGGAACUAGACUUCGAGCAUCCUCGACAUCGAAAACAUCUGAAAGGAAAUGCGGCGAGCCAGCAGGAUGACGAACGGGAGGCGGCCUUCCACGACGAGUACGACCCCUUCGCUGGAGACGGAGACUUGAUAGAAGAUGACGGUAGCAUCUCGUUGACAGCUCCACCACAAUCCCAGUGGUACCAUGGCCGACUUGACCGUUACACUGCGGAACAGCGCCUGCAAUCCGCGGGCGGUCUGGGUCGGUACCUGCUCCGAGAGAGCGACCGCAAGCCCGGUUCCUACGUCCUCUCCUACCUGGGGCACACCGGCAUCAAUCACUUCAGGAUUACUGCCGUGUGCGGGGAUUACUACAUCGGCGGCCGUCAGUUCGAUUCCCUGUCGGACCUUAUUGGAUACUACACUGGCUGGUCAGACCUGCUCAAGAAAGAGCGCCUGCUUCAACCCGUCUGCCCUCCCGAGCCGGUCAACGACAAAAAGCGGGCCAUCGCUGUUCUGCCGUACGUCAAGAUGGCGGACACAGACGAACUUAGUUUUCAGAAGGGAGACAUCUUUGUUGUCCACAACGAUAUGGGUGACGGCUGGCUGUGGUGCACCCUUCACCGCACCCAAGAGAGCGGGCUCGUCUUCAGGGAGCUGCUGGAAGAACUGGACGAUGACGUGGACCCAAACGAAAUCUACCCGUGGUUCCACGCCGACAUGUCUAAGGAGGCAGCGGUUGAAGAGCUAGCCAAGAUGGGCCCUGGCAGUUUCCUGGUGCGCCCGAGCGACAACUCUCCCGGCAACUUUUCCCUCUUCUUCCACAUCAACAACACCAUUCAGAGGUUCCGCAUCGAGCGCAAGGGAAACCGCUACGUCAUGGGUGGGCGCUCUUUCGACAGCUUGGAGGCUGUGGUGAGCCGCUACAAAGUGGAACAGAUUGUUGAAGGACACGUGCUGGGGGACCCUGUGCUCAAGGCUCCCUACGAGACACGGCACUCGAGCCGUGCGGAAGAGUUGCAGCAUCGGUCAAGGGACAUCUAUGCGACACUGCGGGAGAGCCGGGAAACUGGCAUGGCCAAGCGAAGCAAGGGCGUCUGCAUGCAGGGCUACCUCAGCAAAAAGAGCCUGGGAAACAAGAAAUGGAAGAACCUCUAUUUUGUCCUCAAUGCCAAAGAACUUCACUUGUACUUUUUUGACAACCCAAGGAGAACCAAACCAAAAGGACUGAUUGACCUGAGUUACUCAUACCUCUACAUGGUUCACGACAGCCUGCUAGAAAGGCCCAACUGCUUUCAGAUUGUGGAGCGGGCAUUGCCCUGCCUCAGCACCGUCUACUACCUCUGCGCCAGCUCCUCGGAUUUGGUCCGGGAGUGGAUGGCAGCCGUCGGACCGCUCUGCAUUCCCCAACUGGCACGUGGCGCCGCCGGCAUGGGGAGUCCUCCGCCGGCGGCUACACAAGUGCGUUCGCUCAGCCUCACCCUGCUCGAGGCACACCGACUGCCCGUGCGGCUUGCACCACACCCUUUCUGCAUCAUCUCACUCAACCAGGUCAAGGUGUGCAGAACACAAGUCAAGUGCCCUCCUGACCCCAUCUGGGAGGAGGACUUUCUGCUCGAGGACCUUCCGUCAGACGUCACAUCUUUCACCAUUACUCUUUACACUAAAGGGAAAAGGUCUAAAGACAUGGAAAUGGCGGAAGUCACGGUAGAGCUGGAUAGCCUGGUGAACUGCGAGGAGAUGGAAGAGUGGUUCUCCCUGGGGGGGCUGACUCCUCCCAUCAGGGAGGACUGGGGCUCACUGCGGAUGCGCAUCCGCUACGUCCACGAAGUCAUCAUGCCCCUCUCGGAGUACACCACCUUCAAGGAGCUCGUGGUGGACGACGAGCUCCACCUGGUGAGCGUGCUGGCUGACCUCUGCCACAAGGACCGGAUGCCCCUGGCCAGCGCCAUGUUGCGGGUCUUCCGCAGCGAGCGGAAGGAGGCACUUCUGCUCAGAGAGAUGAACGACAGAGAGAUCGACCGCGAGGAGGAGACAUCAACGUUGUUUCGGAUGACGUCGCUCACGACGACGCUGAUGGACCACUACAUGCGCUCGACGGGCCACGAGUUUCUGCGGCACACGGUCCAUGACUCCAUCCUGAGGGUCAUGGACGGACGGCAGUCGUGUGAGCUCAACCCCAGCAAGCUGGACAGUCCGUCGGAAGCAUGUGCCAACGCUGAGCACCUCUUGUCCGUCUUGGACAGUGUGGUGGAGUCCAUCUUCUCUGCUGUCGACCACUGUCCCAAGAUGUUAAGGUACAUCUGCCACUGCCUCCAAAAGAAGGUGGCUGCCAAGUGGCCCCACGACACGCUUGUCAAGACCAGAGUUGUCAGUGGUUUCAUCUUUCUGAGACUCCUGUGUCCUGCCAUUUUGAAUCCGAGACAGUUCAACCUAAUCACUGAUACGCCAUCGGAAACUGCGUCUCGCAGUCUGAUUCUAGUGGCCAAAUGUUUGCAGAACCUGGCAAACCUGGUGGAAUUUGGUGCCAAGGAGCCAUGGAUGGAGGUUGUUAACCCGUUCAUUUUGAAGAACAAGAACCGCAUGAUGCGCUUUCUGGACGAAAUUGCCAACAUUCCAGAAGAGCCGGAACCAGACGAGGCGAUUGUGGGCGAUCCUGCGCGUGACCUGGCAACACUGCAUCACAUUUGUGCAGUGCACAAGGAGGACCUGCUUUCUCACAGCAACGAAAUGCCGAUUCUGAAAAAGGUGGCUACGAUUACAGACAUGCUGUCGAAGCACCGGCAACACUACAUGGAUACAGCGAGGUAGCCCCGGAUACGUCACUGCCUCGCCCCCGUUCUGAGCCUUCGAGCGUCGUCCGCUGAGGGUUCAAUAACUUCCCUGGGGCUCGAUAAGACCUUAUACUUUGGCGUCGGCUACAGCGCUGCAGUAGUCUAUUCCGGCUUUGACAGCCAAUUGGAAGCAAGCAUCCCGGUUGUAGCGAAGUUGGUUUGGUUUCGUAUGCAAUGGAAGCGAAAAUUCAUUCAUUUUGCAUGGUAUGUGGAACAAGGGCGAAGUGAGGGAUCACUUCAAGAGCCGUGGAUAUACUUUAACCGUGCAAGAUUAUUUGCAAGAAGGAAAAAAAGAAAAGCUGGAAAAUGUUUUUUUUUUUUUAUUGAGUCAGUUCAGCAGUGAAUAAUGGGAGUUCUCAUUCAUGUCUUCUCUCACGUGCAUUGUGUUGCGCAUCGUGUAAAGUGACCUGACCUGUGAGGUCACUCCUUUGGGAUUUGCGAAGAAAAAGAAAAGGUGAGAUUGAGUCAACAGUGGUUUAGUAUGAAUAGAGUUUGAGGCUUCCAAAUGCUGCACUGCUUCGAGAUUCGUGGAGUGCCAUCGGAUAGCCAUGCCGGCAUCACAUGCUUCCAAACGACUUCUUCCAUUGUAUCCUAUUCGUGUCUCUACCCCGGUUUUCGACCCUGCUUCUCGACGGCGUUCUUGCGUCAUGUCGUGCAGGAUACAUUGCGCGACAAAAGAGCCGUCCGUCGCAAGGUCAGCUCGUCGAGUUCGGCGGAGCAACGUAUACUAGUUUUUAAACCACCGUUUUGGACGUGCAUCUAGUUGAGCACUGGGAAAGCUUUGAAAGCACGCUACCACAAUCCGUCACCUCGUGGUUUCAGUCCGGAAUAUUCACAGCCUUUUCGUUCCCUUCCUCGCAAACUGCUUCGCAAUUUCGGGCAUUCUCAAGAUGGGCUAGAAAGUGCACCCUUUUUUUUUGUAUUACCUCUAAUUCUUGCAAGAAAAGAUCUGUAAGGGCAUUGGCCUUUUUUUUUUUUUUUUUUUCUUCUUCUUUUUGAGGGUGGGAGGAGGGGGGGGGGAAGGGAGGGAAGGGUAGUUGGGUCAGUACUUCGAAGAAAAUUCAUAUAAUUGGCGAAGUUGUCGACGUGGACGUCGUCAGACGUAGCGAGCCAAAGUAGACAUUUUUUUCGUUGUUUUUGUGUGUGUACAAGCUAAAUCACAUCUGCAGCCACUGACGGUGAGGACGGCAGGGGAGAGUUUCGGUCGUCCCAUCUCUAGCGCGAGCAUCCUACCUCCGACGACUCAUCGUCUCGUUCACCUCGGGUGCACGCACGCACGCAGCCAAAGCACCGUGGAAGGCAUGCAGCAGGGCGGCUGGGGGCCAGGCAUUUCAAAGGCACGCCUUGCCUUUCCCAUUCUGUCAGCGACUAUGUGGAGAGCAAGUUCGUCCGCUUCUUGCGCAGGAGUUGCGGUGAUGUCGGAACGGCGCCGAGUUUUGAUGAAUGGAAGGAUAGUGGAUAGACCUCGGUGCUAGAUGCCUCGAGGUCUACCCACUAUUUUUUUCAGCAUCCUGACAUCAUUUCAACCCAUUGUGCAAGAAGCAGACAAACUUGCGCUCCGCAUAGCAUCGGAAGUGGCCAAGAUGGAAUCUCAGUAAGAGUACAAAACGUGCCUGGAACGUCGCAAUUACCGUUUGUCGCGUCUACGCACGCUUCUGUUGUACGUCGCAGGCGUGCCGUUUCGUUGAGAUUAACCCGUCUUGCUCGAUGUUUUCUGGGUACUUCUAGCUGUUGUGUUCAUUCCUGUGUGAGCAGCGUGCAACUUUUUGCUUAAAAAGAUGAAGAAAAAAGCGCUCAUUCUUGUGCACUUUCUGCUGUGAUAAAAAGGCCCUGCAAACUUGUUCUUUAUGUCGUCAUGGUUCCGAUGAAAUUGGGCUUCUAUAACAAUUUUUUCAGCUUAGUGUUGUGUUCGUGCAAUCAGCCAAACCACUAGAAGUUUUUAUAAACCAAGAUUUAAAGGGAUCUUGUGAAUGAUGUUGGCUAUAGGUAGUAGAUGAAGCAACGACUUCGCCGAUAGUAAUUAUCUGCCUCUGGUACCAUAUUGCUUGCAGCAUGCUUUGUCCUCUGCGAAUAUAAUUUUCUUGCACUUCCCUCUUUUGCUCAAAAGGUAGCGUAGCGUACGACAGGCAUGGAGAUGACAGACGAGCAAAUGCCAGUUUUAAUAUGAGGAAUAUCGUCGGAGGAAUUGUAUGUGUGUCAAAGUGAAAAAGCAGUCCGUUGUUCAGCAGCACUAAGGCUUUGUGCUUUUUUUUUCUUUUACUUAUUUGAGGAAGUAUAGCCAACGUGGCGGGGUUUUCAAGGCAUGUGCCUCGGCCGUUCCGCAUGAACUAUUUCAUUCUUUAGUAAACAAGCAUAUGUUUUGAACCGUCUUUGUAGUAGCUUCCUCUGCAGGGCAGAAGCAACUGCCGCUGUCCGUAUAUCUUUGAACCUGUCCGAAUUUGACAUGAAAAAACGCACGAGCAUGCUUUUCCAUCAGUGCUGUAGCCAUUGCUCUUCUGCGCAUCAGGUUGUGCUGCCAACUUUUUCAACAUUUUCACGGUGCUCGUAACUACUUUGUAAAUAAAGCAAUUGAAACGUG